AAGUAUUAGGAACAGACAGAGAACCACGAUUCUCAAUGGUUUAUAUUAUCAAUUACCUAUCAUUUGAAGAACGAGGCCCUGUUCCGCGCGUUCGCGCGUACUCUUCGUUGUGGUCUCACAUUUUCGUUCACGAACAUUUGAGACAAAAUCACACGAAGGCUCAGCUUUUAGAAGCCACGGUGCCCAGCGAUGAGUUUCGAAGAAAACGAAGACAAAAAUGGUGUCCGGGUCACGUGGAAUAAUAUCCCUAAAUCCAAGCUUCAACACCAUAGAAACAUAGCUCCGUUGGCUGCUCUUUAUACUCCGUUGAACAACAAAAGCCCAGUCAACUGUUUUGAUGAAUCGCAUAUGCAGAGAUGCCGCCAAUGCAAGGCCUUCUUAAAUCCAUAUGUGACGCUCAAUCAACAAACCGAGGAUAUUUGGUAUUGUCAAUUCUGCAAAUUUGGCAAUCGGUUAUCAAGCAUUCCAGGAGAAUUUCCGCAAGCACUUAACCCUGAUAACUCUACUGUCGAGUACACCACAGGGCGUCACGCAAAGCUUCCUCCCAUUUUCUUCUACGUUGUAGAUACUUGCUUUGAGGGUGAAGAUGUCACCGAUGCGUUCACUGCAUUGCAAGAAUCUUUGAGUUUGUCAUUGUCUCUUCUACCCUCAGAUUCGUUGGUUGGAUUUUUGAGUUUUGGAAAACAUGUUUCUUUGCAUGAUAUUUCCGAACCGGGAUCAAGUUUUGUUUUCAAUGGAUCGAAGGAAUACACGUUGGAGGAUGUACAGAAGAUACUCGGCAUAAGUUCCUCAGUUGUUUCCAAUCAAGGUGUCAUCAGUUCUUUGGGCCAAAAAUUUCUUCAAAAAAUUGAUAUCGCUGAGUACAAUCUUGCUACUAUAAUUGAAAAUCUAACAAAUAAUACUUUCCCACACUUGUCAAGAAAAGAGCGUGCAGCGAGAGCGACCGGAUGUGCACUCAACGUAUCCGCUUUGGCUCUACAGGCUAUUUUAGGCAAGCAAAACUCUGCAGGUGGACAUAUUAUGUGUUUCAUAGGUGGUGCAGCCACAUAUGGGCCAGGUAAAAUUGUCAGCCUCCCGUUAAAGGAGCCAAUGAGAUCACAUCGUGAUAUUGAGAAGGCUAAAGCUACUUUACCGAAUAUGACGAAUGGUGUUGCCAAGGUCGACACCCUGCUUUACAAACAAGCCAAAGCACUCUAUGACAAGAUUUCUACGAUAUUUAUUUCGAUCGGCAUUGGCUGUAAUGUUUUUGCAGGCUCUUAUGAUCAAGUUGGUCUUUACGAGAUGGAUAGAAUAUGUGCCAAUACUGGUGGUUUGGUUGUGAUGUGUGACUCUUUCACCACAUCGAUGUUCAAACAAAGUGUCAUCAAGUUUUUCCAGAAACAAAAUGAUGAUCCUGAUGAGUACUUGGAGAUGGCUUUUAACGCAACAUUAGAAUGUCACAUCACCUCAGACCUUCAAAUCCAAGGAGUAGUUGGAAACGCUGCAGGAUUGCCACCUAGAAAAGACAAGUUUGUGGAGGCAUCCUUGUCGCCGCAGUGCAUUGGUCAAGGAAACACAAAUGCCUGGAAAUUAUCUUCCGUGAACACACAGUCGACUUAUUGCAUUUUUCUUGAGAAGUUGGAUUCAGCGCAAGUUGGCCACGCUUUCAUACAAUUUUCAUUUCAUUAUCAGCAUCCUAGCGGAGAAUUGAGAUUGCGUGUCACAACAAUUCCACUAGCCGUGAUUGCGGAUCUGGAUGCUUUGAAUCUAGAGUCAGGCUUUGAUCAGGAGGCAGCUCUCGUUGCCAUUGCUCGGAAUGCCAUUGAUAAGCUCCAAUCGGAUGGCUUCAGUGCUAAAACUUCUUCUUAUGAUGAAUCAGACCUCACAAAACAUCUCGAUAAGUUGCUUGUGGAAUACUGUGGUCGAUUUUCACAGUAUAGAAAAGGCGAUCUUGCGCUGUUCCGAUUGUCCAAUAGCUUUGCUAUGUUGCCGCAAUUCAUGUAUCAUUUGCGCCGGUCCCAAUUCAUAAGAGUUUUCAACAAUUCUCCAGAUGAGACUAGCUUUGUUCGUCACACUCUCAUGCAUGAAGAUGUCACAAAUUCGUUGAUUAUGAUACAGCCAUCCCUUCUUUCAUACGACGUGGAGACCUAUGGUGCUCCGGAUGAAAAUGGGAACCCCCUCAUGGAGCCCGAAGCUGUGUUAUUAGAUUCUAUGUCCCUUGGAUCUACCAAAAUUCUACUCUUGGACACUUUCUUCCAGAUCCUAAUAUAUCAUGGCUCAACUGUGGCUCAAUGGAGAGCGGCGAAUUACCACAACAUGGAGGGGUACGAACAUGUCAAACAAUUUUUGGAAGCGCCCAAAAAAGAAGCAGUAGAGGUGUUGGUGGAUAGAUUUCCACUUCCACGGUUCAUAGAUUGCGACGAGGGCGGAUCACAAGCUCGGUUUCUCAUGGCGAAAUUAAAUCCAUCCACCAGCUAUGCGACGAAUCCAAACCGCGUAUUUGGGCAGGCAGGCGGUCAGUCUGAUUUGAUGACCGAUGACACGAGUUUACAAAUGUUCAUGGAUCGCAUUCAAAAGCUUAUUGUCGGUCGGAAGUAGCUAAUCGAGGAUAUAUGGCCAUCUCAUCAAUAGACAUUUUGGAGUUAUUCGCAGAUGAUUUGUCAAGACAAUCUUCUUCUAGAAAUUGAUUCCGUAGUGCCUUGCAUCAAUCUUUCAAGAGACAUUUUGAAACCUAUUUUUGCUAAGUUGUCAUUAUAAGAUACAUGAUAUCAACGAGUUUUAGUUGACGGAACUAGGAAUGCAACUUCCCGUCCCUGUCUGCAGAGAAAGCUAUGAAAACAAUGACAAAAGAUGCCACGUAAAUAUAACUCCUGAACAGAAUUCCAGUGUUUUGAAUGAUUCAAUCCAAAUGGUUCUCAAUUCCGAUUCAUGACAUAAAUUGCUAA